AUGCUCUUCUCCUCAACUCUCGUCUCGCUCCGCAGUGACACGAGGUGUGCGACGCAAGCCCCCAAAAGCGUCCACCGUUCUCCCCCCCCUCCGCCGAGAAUGAUGACAAAGUGGCCCCCAAAAGAGCUCGGGAAGCACAGAGGCGUCCGCUCUGUUGGCUCAGUUCACCGUAUUUCCCACGUGGUGUUUGGCAAGGGGCCGGCCGACGGGCAACAACCCACCCCUGACGAUCACACCACACCUUGGACACCUUCGAACAGGGAUCUCUUCGAGCGAGCGAGCGAGCCGCUGAUGUGUACUGCCUGCAAGCUUCUUGCUCAUCAGGCUUUCAGCAGAGACGGGGUGCGAAUCACAGAUAGUUCGCGAGCCAAGAACGCACAGUCGAAGCCUGAUUGA